GCUGCUGUCUUUAGUUCACUAUCACACUCAGCAGAGGAACAUGUCGAUGCCAAUUGCCUUCUAUAUUUGCCUGACCUUGAUUUUGUCCAUAUUCUAUGGAAUAGAUGGAUAUUUUUAUCAUAGGUUGGUACAGUGCCGAUACUCCUCAAAGGACCUGCAUGGUAUAGAGUUUAUAGACUCUUACUACUUCAAUCAGGCUGAAUAUGUCAGAUUCAACAGCACUGUGGGGAAGUAUGUUGGAUACACUGAGUAUGGUGUGAAGAAUGCAGAAGCAUGGAACAGAGAUUACCUGGCUCAAGAGCUAGGGGAGCUGGAGCGUGUCUGCAAGCCUAGCGCUGAUAUCGACUACAGCGCCGUACUGGAUAAGACAGUUGAGCCCCAUGUCAGACUGAGCUCAGUGACUCCCCCUAGUGGCAGACACCCUGCCAUGCUGAUGUGCAGCGCCUAUGACUUCUACCCCAAACCAAUCAGAGUGACCUGGCUGAGGGACGGACAUGAGGUGAAGUCUGAUGUGACCUCCACUGAGGAGCUGGCUAACGGGGACUGGUACUACCAGAUCCACUCCCACCUGGAGUACACACCCAAGUCUGGAGAGAAGAUCUCCUGUAUGGUGGAGCACAUCAGCCUGACUGAGCCCAUGAUGUAUCACUGGGACCCGUCCCUGCCUGAGGCUGAGAGGAAUAAGAUCGCGAUCGGGGCGUCUGGUCUGGUGCUGGGAACCAUCUUAGCAUUAGCAGGACUGAUCUACUACAAGAAGAAGUCUUCUGGGGUGCUCUAGUAGCAAUAAGGUUUGAAGGCACAUUGCUGUAUCUGCUGCAGAAAUGGAUCCUAAUGAGAUUUUCUUGUUAUAAAUCAGUGUUCCUGAAAGGACAUUACUGCUGGAGUGUUCAACUGAACAUGAAUCUAUACUUUCCUAAUGAAUAUUGUUGGUAACAUAUUAUCCUUACACCUUUCAUAAUUAAUCCAUUAACAACUUUAGGCUUGCUAGUAAUAAGACAGUUAGCGUUAUGAGAAUCAGUUGUUUAUUAACCUAGUAGAUGUGGUAGAGCUGCUUUAACUGACCUGCUAUAACACUGUACAUUAUUAUGAGUGGGCAGGAUAUACACCAGUCCACUGUACUGGGGGUUAUUUACCCAGCUGUACUGUUAUGUCUUUUCACUAACAAAUAACACACUUGUUCUCAAAGGAAUAUGUUCAGUAAAUGGUUCAAAUAUUGUGUGUGGUAACACUGACGUUUUAAGAGACGCUGGUUAAUGAGAAUAGAAAAUAAGUUCAGUCUGUUUUAAUUUCUUCAUGUUUUAGACUUUAAAUGUCCCCCUGUACUGACAUCACUCCCCUGUACUGACAUCGCUCCCCUGUACUGACAUCACUCCCCUGUACUGACAUCGCUCCCCUGUACUGACAUCACACCCCUCUACUGACAUCACACCCCUGUACUGACAUCACACCCCUGUACUGACAUCACCCCCCUGUACUGACAUCACUCCCCUGUACUGACAUCACACCCCUCUACUGACAUCACACCCCUGUACUGACAUCACUCCCCUGUACUGACAUCACUCCCCUGUACUGACAUCGCUCCCCUGUACUGACAUCACACCCCUCUACUGACAUCACACCCCUGUACUGACAUCACACCCCUGUACUGACAUCACCCCCCUGUACUGACAUCACUCCCCUGUACUGACAUCACACCCCUCUACUGACAUCACACCCCUGUACUGACAUCACACCCCUCUACUGACAUCACUCCCCUGUACUGACAUCACCCCCCUGAACUGACAUCACACCCCUGUACUGACAUCACACCCCUGUACUGACAUCACCCCCCUGUACUGACAUCACACCCCUGUACUGACAUCACACCCCUGUACUGACAUCACUCCCCUUGUACUGGCAUCACCCCCCUGUACUGACAUCACACCCCUGUACUGGCAUCACCCCCCUGUACUGACAUCACACCCCUGUACUGACAUCACACCCCUGUACUGACAUCACUCCCCUUGUACUGACAUCACCCCCCUGUACUGACAUCACCCCCCUGUACUGACAUCACACCCCUCUACUGACAUCACACCCCUGUACUGACAUCACACCCCUCUACUGACAUCACCCCCCUGUACUGACAUCACCCCCCUGUACUGACAUCACCCCCCUGUACUGACAUCACACCCCUGUACUGACAUCACUCCCCUUGUACUGACAUCACCCCCCUGUACUGACAUCACUCCCCUGUACUGACAUCACACCCCUGUACUGACAUCACCCCCCUGUACUGACAUCACCCCCCUGUACUGACAUCACCCCCCUGUACUGACAUCACCCCCCUGUACUGACAUCACCCCCCUGUACUGACAUCACACCCCUGUACUGACAUCACCCCCCUGUACUGACAUCACUCCCCUGUACUGACAUCACUCCCCUGUACUGACAUCACUCCCCUGUACUGACAUCACUCCCCUGUACUGACAUCACUCCCCUGUACUGACAUCACUCCCCUGUACUGACAUCACUCCCCUGUACUGACAUCACUCCCCUGUACUGACAUCACUCCCCUGUACUGACAUCACUCCCCUGUACUGACAUCACCCCCCUGUACUGACAUCACCCCCCUGUACUGACAUCACCCCCCUGUACUGACAUCACCCCCCUGUACUGACAUCACACCCCUGUACUGACAUCACACCCCUGUACUGACAUCACCCCCCUGUACUGACAUCACACCCCUGUACUGACAUCACCCCCCUGUACUGACAUCACUCCCCUGGAAGGAACCUCCUUCAUGUCUCAUUGAUAAUAGUUUAUAUGAUUGAUUGAUUAAUAUGAUUAAUAAAAUGUUUCUCAUUUUCUGCUCAGUCAUGGUUGUGGUGUCUUGUCUUCUAUAUAACUGGGACAUAUUUUAGACAUUCCUUUGAUUUGGUACAAGCUUUUCAAUAAACCAUUAAACAUGU